AAAUAUACAAGUAUAUAUUUUAAGCAAAGAGUUAUGCAUACUACUUUUCCAAAAACUGUGCAACCUAAUAUUAAAAAGCGCCUCAUCCAUUUGGCUUUUACCUAUUUAUUAUAUUAUGUUAUGUUGUAAUAUUGUGUGUUUUGUUCAAACAAACAUUCUCAUUUACCAUUCAUGAUUGGAAAUAUAAUCUAAAGAAGUACUUAUAGGUAAAUUAAAAUGGAGCCUAUGGAAGUGUCAGUCACUGACGAAGAGUACAUGAUGACGAAAGCUAAAAGUUUUCUUGAGACCGAUUGCUUUAGAUGUAGAUCAUGGUUACUUACAGCUAAAUCAAUGUUUCCGAAUAAUUUUGGAAUACACUUUGAAUGUUAUGAAAUAGAAAAAAAUUUACGUUGUGUUCAAAGAGCAGCUAGAUGUUUCAGUUGUUUGCUUGAAGAUUUUCCAAACGAAGCAAUUCUCUGGAAAGAGAUUGAAAACUUUACACCAAUAUUAUGUAUGGACAUAUCUUGCUUAUCAGAGGAACAAACAUUUUUUAGAGAAAUGUUUUCUGCACUCCCUUUAUCUAUCCAACAGAAAUUAUUAUCAGUAUGUGCUGAAAGAAGUGAAGACACAAUGGAACAUUGUCGUCUAGUACUUUUACUUCUAAAUCGUUUCCCUCAAUCAUCAACUGAAUUAGCAUUAAAGCUCAUGGAUACAAUGAUAACAGCCGAAAAACACAACCAAUGCCCAAAUGUUAUAAACUGUUACAGAAAGAUUUUAGUUUGUGAUCUUGGUCCUUUAUUAGUAUCAACAAGUACAUUAAAUCAGAAAAAUCUCUAUAAAAUGUUAACAAAAACUACUGAAUUUUAUAUUACAUAUGCUAUGGGAGGACAUUCUAUUAUUCAGAACUUGCCUGAUACAGAAAAUUAUAUUAAAACACCUUGGGAAGAUUUAUUUGCUUCAUGUGAACGUAUCGGUAAAAAACUUUCUUGGGAAUUAAGAUCUGUUUUAAGUCAAAGUGAUAAACGAAAAGCUUGGAAAAAGGUAUCAAGUUUUGCAAAAAAGUUUGUAAUUGCUUCCAAUAACAGUGAACUUAGCAAACAAUUAGUGUUUUGUGGGAUGAUAUUGUUUGUCCGACAUGUUUUUGAUUAUAAUAAAUCAUUAAAAAUUGAAAAUGGUUCAGAAUAUUUGUUAGUUAAAGCAAUUAAAGGUCCAAAAGUACAAAUUAAUAAGCCUCCUUUGAAACAAGCUGUACUUUCCAUAGCAACUAAAUUAAAUGAAUCUUUGAUUGGUAUUACCGAUGACUCGUCUGAAGUUCUUGAUCAUUUCAAAAUGGCUUUCAACUAUUGGGAAUUACUUACUAAUAAAGAACCAAUGUGCACUGAUUAUUGGAAAUUAAGUGCUCAAAUUAAAGUAGAUACAUUCAUAGGGCAAUUCCUUAAUGAUAUUGAAUUUUAUCAAGGGAAAUACAAGAAUCUUUUCAAAGCUGUACCAGUUCAUGAAAGUAUUAGAAAAUCAUUAUCAUUAGUGACCUUAUACUAUUGUGUACAAGAAUUCAAGAAAUGUACAGAGCACAUUUUCGAGGUAGUAGAUCAAAUAGAAAGUCUUAGCUUGUAUGGAAGUGUGUCCACAGAAAUAGCUAAUCCACCUGAAGAUAGAGAAAUGUAUUAUAUUCAAAUAGCAAGAUUGCCCGUUUUACAGUAUUGUGUUAAGAUAAUGGUUCAAAUACUCUACAAUCAACUUUCCAAUUAUCCAUCAACUAGUGAUAUUCUUAUUGGUCAUCUUUUAGUAUUGUCACAAAUGGUUUGGCCAGAAGGCAAAGCAAUUGCUGAAGAUAUGUAUAAUCACAUAGGGAAAUUGCCUUUGUUUACAUAUCCUCAAUUUCCAGCUUAUAUUACUAACAUAGAUAUCAUUGAACAUUUUAUGGCUAUGUUUAUGGAAAAUGAUAAAUGUGUCUUAAAUGUAUUUCCAUGUGUAGCUUCUUCAUUAAGUCCACGAAUAUCAACCAGAGGAGCUGGCAAAGGAGUAAAAGAAGAGUUUCGGUCAGCAUUGAAAAAACAAGUAAAACGAUGGUCUGAACCAGUGGAUGAAACUAUGUUAUUAUUUUUUAAGAAUGAAAGAGAAAGUUUAAUGAAGACUGCUACUCUUAUGGAAAAAUCAUUAACUUUUUAAGUGAGUACUGAUUCAUAAGUCCUAUAACAACAAAUUUAUACCUUGGGUUAUCGUGAUUAACGCAAUAUUAAAAUUUAGUUCCAAUGCUACCUUAAUAUUUUCAUGUUGCAUAUUUAAGUUAUUACAACUAUGAUAUCGGAAUUAUAUAAUAAUAUUAUAACAGUAGUUUAUUAUAUUGCUAUUUUAAACUAAAAUGCCAUAAAUUACACAUAAAAUGAGGUAAAGCCACAUUAAAAAUUCUAAAACCUACUUGAUUUUGUCGAAUAUGACCAUAAGUUUGAAAAUUGUUUAGUAAAAUUAAUAUAGGUAAUAUUUAACAAUUUAAACACCGUAAAUCAUCAGCAACUUGAUGGGUACUAAGAAAAAAAUGUAAAUUUUGUAGAAGAUAAAGCUUAGCUUUAUAAUAUUUACAAAUAUUUCAAAUUAUAACAAUUAAUUUAUAUGUAAUAAUUAUUAUAUUAUAAUAUAAUUAAAUAAAAUGCUUACGGUAUUCUUGCUUAAGAACCAGGUUCUAUAACUUAAUCUAAUACUAAGGAUUAAAGAUCAAUAUAAAAAUUAAAAAGUAAAAUAUUUUACUUUAAAAAUGCAAUUUAUCAUUUUUAUUUUAUUGUACUUCCCAUGUAAAUUUACAUAAGAAAGCCCCAUGUCAUAAGAAAAAUAAUGUAUGUGGUCUUUUGUUUUUUUUUUUUUUUUAUGCGGUAUUGCCACAUGGGGGUGAACUGCUUGCACAAUACUGUUACAUCAUAAUUAACCCUAAAAUAAUUAAAAUAAUAUGAAACUUAAUCAUUGAAUAUAUUACAUAAUUCUUAUACUAUAAAUGAUAAUAAGUAAUAACAUUUAUUUCUUGAAACUGUAAUACAAAAAUUUGGUGAAAACAAAAAUAAUAAUUAAUUAAAAAUUAUUAUUUAGUUCUAUUAUUUUUAAAAACUUCCCAAACUUAAGUAAUUAUACUUAAUUGGAAUAAAUCGUCUGGUGAAAUAUUAAUAACAAUGUACAUUAUGUUUGAAAAUGUUAAUAAGUUGGUUAGAUUUUUUGAUUCACAGUAUCUGUUAAAAUACAAAUAAAUAACAUCAUUAAAUUAGUAUUGCAUUUUCCAACUACACUAAUUUCACUUACUCUCCUAAAGGUACUAAUGUUGUAUUGCUAUAGAAAUCAUAUAACUUUAUCCAGUCCAUACAUUCAUCUUUAUUUGUUUUAUUUAAUAUUGAAAUAGUUGCAUUUAAUUGCAUUUGUGUUCCUGGCGGACCUUCUACUAAAAAAGUGCAAUCUUCUAGAAAAUAAAUAGAUUAUUUGUACAUUGUACUUGUUAAUAUGAAAAAGUUGUACAAUGUUGUACAAUAUAAUACUUACUAUGAUAAUUCCCAGUUACUUUUGAAUCAUAGUCUAACACAUAAUUCCCUGACAAUAUUGUAUAUGUCGAAUGACAAGGAGUUAACUGUAUAUGACUUUCUG